AUGCAACAAAUAAUAUUAUAUAGUGACGGUUGUAGCGCUCAAAAUCGUAAUUGCACUUUAAGCAACGCCUUGUUGAAUCUUGCUCUCGAAAAACAUGUUUGUAUCAUCCAGAAAUAUUUAGAAAAGGGUAACACCCAAAUGGAGUAUGACUCGAUGCACUCUACCAUAGAGAGGCAAUUAAAAGGUAGAACCAUUAAUUUGCCAGCUGAUUAUGUCUCCCUAUGUAAAUUGGCUCGAAAAAAUCCUAGACCGUAUGAGAUGAGCUAUUUGGAUUAUACUUUUUUCAAAGACUUUAAUAAACUUAAUUUAAUAAAAUCAAUUAGACCUGGAUUUAAAAUUGGUGAUUCAACUGUCAACAAUCUUAGAGCUCUGAAGUAUAAUCCAGAUGGUAAAAUCGAGUUUAAGAUUAAACAUUCCAAGGAGUUUCAAGAUAUGCCUAUGAGAUUAAAACCAAAUUUAAAUUAUAUAUCAAUUGACUCUCUUCCCUUAUUGUACAAAGAACAAUUGAAAAUUAAAAAAAAGUUUGA